AUGACAUUCGAGCGAUUUGUCAUGGGUGUUCGUCUGCCUGUGUUACGCCGGCUAGAUGAUUUAGCGGAUGUGACCCAAGCCCUAGCAGCUAUACCUCCAAGCUCGAGUCUGACCGAGAGCUACAAGAUCGUGGAGCAGGAGCCGAUCGGCAUCCGUGUGGGCAAGGUCCACACGCAGCUGCCCACUCCAGAUCCUUUUGCAGUGGAACCCCGGAAGAAUAGAAAGUGA